GUGCGGUGAAAGUGUGCGAUGUGUGCAGUUCAUUCACUCCGAGCUCAUCACAGUCCACAUAGCCACGCUGACAUCCUUCUCUCCUUCUCCAUUCCUGCUUUUCUCUCUACAGGAGAGGGGCAAAUUAGCCGUUGUUCUCUUCGUUUCACCUUUCCGCGGGCAUGCAUCAACACGGCAACGGAAACCGGGAGUGCAAUUGGAGACGCCCGUGUAUGAUUGUUUGCAGAUGCACUUUAUAUUUAUUUUUGGUGUUAAGCCUGGAGUGGAGCACCGUGCACUCAGCACAUACAGAUGGAACAGACAAUUUUAAAUUUUUUCAUGAGGGGGCACUGGGCUGCUUGGGGGUACGAGAUCACAUGCUCUACCUUUCCUCUUCCUGCACGGGUGUCGCCCAGCUUUGGAAAUGGGUGUCUAGAGGGCGGCUCUUCAACAUUGGUUCCUCCCUCUGCCUGGGGAUCACUGUGGGCAACGUGAGCUCAUUGGGCGACAGAUCUCCACUGGGUAUGUUUCGGUGCGACUAUGAGCCUCCACGGGUCCGCUGGACCUGGAGCUGCAGCAAGUUCUUGGAGAUACUGGACACCUACUUGCCCUCUCCUGAAUUGCUUCUCAACAGCGGCAAUAUCUCUGCCGCCACCACCCCACCUGCAAGACCACCCCCUGAAAAGUUACUGUGGCGAGUCUAUGAUGACAAUCAGGACCUAUGUUCCAGGUCGUACCGAGCAAUCUAUACCAUCCAAGGCAACUCUCAAGGCAGUCCCUGUUACUUUCCCUUCCUGUAUGAUGGCCAGUGGUUCCACAGCUGCACCAGUGUGGGCAGGGAGGACGGCUUUCACUGGUGUGCCACUACCCACGAUUACGGAAAAGACCAACGCUGGGGCUUCUGCCCAGUGAAAAGUUCUGACUGUGAGACGUUCUGGGACAUAAGCCCAUUGAUGGAUAACUGUUACCAGUUUAACUUCCAGGCCACGCGGUCCUGGAGUGAAGCACGAACUAGUUGCCAGCAGCAGGGAGCAGACCUGCUCAGCAUCAUUAAAUUAGAGGAACAAAUCUAUAUUAAUGGUUUGCUUACUGGGUACAGUUCCACCCUGUGGAUGGGUUUAAAUGAUGUAGACCUCAAUGGUGGCUGGCAGUGGGCUGACUCCGCCCCUCUCAAAUACCUAAACUGGGAAACGGACAUGCCAAGCUAUGACGAGGAGGAGAACUGUGGAGUGAUCAGCACUGAUGCUCAGGGACGCUGGCACAACCGAGACUGUUCAGUGGCUUUGCCUUAUAUCUGCAAGAAACGACCCAACGCCACUCUUGACCCCUUCACCACAGACUCCUGGGCGGAUGAUGGGCAGUACCAGUGUGAUGUGGGCUGGCAGAACUUCCAGGCGGGCUGCUAUAGGCUGAACUCAGAAAACCUAGAGUGGAAAUCCGCCCACAAAAUGUGCCAGAAGAUGGAGGCUAACCUCGUUAGCAUUCACACCCUCCCAGAGCUCGAAUUUAUUACUAAGAAUAUGAAGAGAGAUAUAGAAGAGUUGUGGAUUGGUUUGCAUGAUACAGCUAUGCAAAUGAACUUUGAAUGGACUGAUCGAACUCCAGUCAUCUUCACCUACUGGCACCCGUUUGAACCCAACAACUUCCGAAAUGUCAAUGAGGAUUGCGUCACUAUCUGGGGUCCUGAGGGACGCUGGAAUGAUAGCCCAUGUAAUUACUCUUUGCCAUCCAUCUGUAAGAAAGCUGCUCAGAAAGCUGAAGGCCCUGUACAAGACCAUGGCUGCAAAAAGGGCUGGAGAUUGCACAGUCCUAACUGUUUCAAGGUUGGGGAAGAAUCGUUAUCCUUCAAUGAUGCCAAAGGAAUGUGCGCUAGCAACAAUGCCACACUUGUCAUUAUUAAUAACAGAUUUGAGCAGGCGUUUGUGAGCAGUCUGGUGUUUGGCCGUUCUGACGAUCAGUUCUGGCUCGGCCUGUAUAAUGAGAACAGCACCGGCCCAUUUCACUGGAUCACAGGAAAGGAACUCGCAUACACUAACUGGAACAGAGAUGAGCCAGCGCAGGUAAAGGGAGGCUGUGUGGUGAUGGUGGCGGGUCAGGCUAUGGGCCUGUGGGAGGUGAAGGACUGUGCCAGUGUCCGCUCCAAAUACAUUUGCAAACAGAACUUGGACUCCUCUUUCAUCCCCAGCCCUCCUGUUCCUCAGCCUACGCCCUCCCUGACGGGAGCUUGCCCUUCAGGAUGGAAGAGCACCAACACACUCCGCCACUGCUACAAGGUCUUUCAUGCAGGUGCUUUGGAGAAGAGGUUGACUUGGAUUCAAGCUCACAAGUUCUGCCAGAAACAUGGAGCUCAGCUUGCAAGCUUUAUCACACUGGAGGACGAGGCCUUUGUCUUCCAGAUUCUUCAUGAGACCUUUGGGGAGGCAGAGGAUCACGAGCAGCACUGGCUAUGGAUAGGAAUUUCCCGCCGGAAUAGUGACAGUUGGACAUGGAGUGAUGGAUCAGCCGUGACCUAUCAGAAUUUUGGCAGAGGGAAUUAUGGCUCUGCUGAGUGUGGAGCAGCUAACAUGGCUGAUACCAACUGGCUGGUGUCAUAUUGCGACUCUGAGCUUGACUGGAUCUGCAAAAUUCCAAAAGGAAAGGUGGAAGAGGAACCUGAGAGCCAUGAAGACACUGGUGUAGAGUGGGUUGACUUUGAGGAGGCUCAGUAUAAAAUGUUUGAGCACCGCUCCACAUGGGACCAGGCUCAGAGGAUCUGCUCCUGGUUUGACGCCUCACUAGUCUCCAUGCACUCUCCUAAGGAGAAUCAGUUUUUGGUUGGCACUUUACGCAAGAUGGCCCGCCAAGAAAAUGAUCUGUGGUGGGUGGGGCUACACACUUUUAAGAGUGAUGGGCGAUUUAGGUGGUCUGAUCACUCGGUACUCAACUAUGUGUCCUGGGGUCUCGGACAGCCACGACCAAUUAGCAAAGAGCCCAAAUGUGUCCAAAUCUCAGCCUCCAAAGGUGAGUGGUCAGAUCAGAGGUGUCACGCUGAUCUUCCAUACGUGUGUAAGAGGGUAAAUGUGACGGGUACCACCCCUCCUACACCUUCUCCUCCUCUCACACCUGCCGGCUGCCCCCAGGGCUGGAGCCCUUUCCUACACAAGUGUUACAAAGUGUUUGGAGAGGAGGUGUCACGUCGUAGUACGUGGGAGGCUGCUUCAAAGACCUGUCUGACACAAAGAGCAACAUUAGUGGCAGUGCCAAAUCACAUAGUGCAGGCAUUCCUUGUAACUCUGCUACCAAAUAGCAGUUUUCAUGUGUGGGUGGGGCUCACCUCAGAUUCACUGGCUCAGUUCAGGUGGUUUGAACCUGGGUUUCUGAGCUACACUAACUGGGCCCCCGGAGAACCAGUGGACAACAGACAUAAUAAAAGCCCGGGUAACUGCAUAGUGCUCCUCCAUGGUAGUCCUCACCGGAGGAUGGGCAUGUGGGCAUCUCGAAAGUGCGAUGCAGAGAAACAUGGCUUCAUCUGCAUGAAGGACAAAGACACUGGCUUGCCCCCUGGUUGGGACCCUCUUCCCCCAGUGUUAGAUGGCCCAUUAGAAUUUGCUGGCAUCCAGUACCGGAUUAUUCAGAAGCGUCUUGAUUGGCAUUCAGCUUUGCAAGUGUGUGAAUCUGUUAAUGGAACACUAGCUGUAGUACAGGACCCUCGACAGCACGCUUACCUCACCCUCCUACUCAACACACUCCGCAAACCCGCCUGGAUUGCUCUACAUAAUGAUGGGGGGCGAAGCUACACGUGGUUGGGCGAAGAGGAGAUCACUUUUAGUGACUGGCGGGAUGGAGAGCCCAAUCAUAUGUAUGGAUGUGGUCACAUGACCGUUGAGGGCCAGUGGUCUGUGGCAGCUUGUAAUACAAAAUUAAAUGCAGCCAUCUGUGAAAUUAAUACAGAGAGAACGAUAGACCACAGGUGGAUGUAUCCAGGUUUUUGCCCACAGGCUGUAGGUAACUGGUCCUGGAUUCCUUUUAGAAAUCAUUGCUACUCGUUUGUCCUGCACGAGCUGCAAUUUAAACACGAGUCCAUACGCACCUGUAGCAAAGUGGGAGCAAAGCUCUUGUCAAUACUAGAUGAAAACGAGAAUGGUUUUGUGUGGGAACACAUUCAGAGUUUUCAAGAGCAGGCUCAUGGCGCUUGGCUCGGAAUGAUCUUUAACUCCAAAGAGGGCAAUCUGGAGUGGUCUGACAGUGAGGUGGUGGACUACAGUAACUGGGAGCAGCAGGACGCUAACCUGAGCAUGCUCUCUGCCAACAGCUGCUUCUGGGUUCAGAGCAACACGGGCCUCUGGAGGCCUGGCUCCUGCAAAAAUCGCACACAUGGUGUCAUCUGUAAGCGGCCACGAGGACCCUCAGCAGAUCCUGUAGUCCACUUUGAGGCCGACCAUAUCCAUGUAUUAAUUCAGGUCCUGGUUGCAGCUCUGCUUCUCAUUGCUUUGGUGGUGGGCGGGUUUUAUCUGUCUCGCAGGCGGAGCUUUGGAUCCACAGGUUCCUUUGAGAGUGCUCGGUAUAGCCGCACUAACUCUGCACCCUCAGAUGAAAUGGAAAAAAACAUUCUUGUUUCAGACAUGGAGUUAAACGAACAGGGAGAAUAAUGCUGGAUGUGUUCGAACUGAUUCGGAAUAUCAAGGAAAACAAAUCUGCUAAGACAGCAACUGACUGAGAGAAUUUACAUUUUAAGGAAAAGUUUUUGUGUUUUUUUUAGAGACAUUGAGAGAUCCGUGUAGAGCGCAGCAGAGGACCAAUCAGAAUAAACAGAAGCAAACUCUUUUAUCUGAAAGUACAUCCAUUCAGUAGGGGCAGAUCACAUCCCAUCUAAACCUUUGUCAACCAAUCAAAUUCCACUGUCUCAGAUGGGCUGUUUGGGUUGGGUAAUUAUGUGGUUAUGGAAAUGCAGUUUGUAAUCAUAUGUUUUCAUGUUCUUAAUGGCAUACUAUAGAUAUGCUUUAGUGCCAAAAGGGAACAAACUCCCCCCCAUAAAAAAAAAUAAAUCACAUUGACUUGAACUUCUAUAGAUCAGAGCGCACAAAUACACACACAUUUAGCUGUCUAAAUCGGGACAUGCAAUAUACAUCAAUUGUUUAUAGAUAAAUCUAAUUAUGAUCUAAUCUAACUAUAGUCUAACCCACACCCACCUUUUUUAAUCUGAAAAAUACGUUUUUGCUUUAUGAAUCGAUUUUCCAAAUGAGGAUGUCUCCAAAGGGAAGAUUUGCAGGACAAUUUUAUCCCCAAAUUAGAGCCAAGUACAAAAACACACACACACACACACACACACACACACACACACACACACACACACACACACUGAUGAGCCAAAACAUUAUGACCACAUAAUAUGCUUUUGGUCCUCCACAUGCAACAGCGCCAACCCACCGGGGCAUGGACUCUACCACACCCCUGAAGGUGUCCUGUGGUAUCUGGCAUAAAUACUAGGUGGAGCCACUUUGGAUCAGACUUGUUGGUCCAGCACAUCCCACAGAAGCUCAAUUGGAUUGAGAUCCGGGGAAUUUGGAACUUUUGAACUCUUCGUCAUGUUCCUCAAACCAUUCCUGUACAAUAUGUGCAGUGCGGCAGGGCGAAUUAUCCUGCUGAAAGAAGCCACUGCCAUUAGGGAAUACCAUUGCCAUAAAGGGGAAGCAGGUCUGCAACAAUGCUUAGGUAGUUGUCAAAUAUGUCAAAUUGACGUCCACGUGAAUGGCCAGGGAUUACCAGCAGAAUAUUGGCCAGAGCAUCACACUCCCUCUGCCGGCUUGUCAUCUUCCUACAGUGCAUCGUGGUGCCAUCACUUCCUCAGGUAAACGGCGCACAUGUACAUGGCCAUCGACAUGAUGUAAACGAAAAUGGGACUCAUCAGACCAGGUGACCUUCUUCACUGUUUCAAGGUCCAGAUCCGACAUGCACGUGCCCAUUGUAGGCGCUUUCGACGGUGGACAGGGGUCAUCAUGGGCACUCUUACCGGUCUGCGGCUACACAGCCCCAUAUGCACAGGUUGUGAUGCACUGUGUAUUGUAACACAUUCCUCCAGUACUCAUUGUUCACAUUUCUGAGACUUGUGCCACAGUAGACCUUCUCUCGGUUCGGACCAGACAGCAGAGCCUUGCCUUCGCACAUCGAUGAGACUUGGGCGCCCAACACCCUGCCGCCAGUUUGUCAUUCCUCGGAGCACUGUCAGUAGGUACUAGCCACUGCUGAACUGGAGCACUCCACAAGCCUUGCUGUUUCAGAGAUGCUCUGACCCAGUCAUCUAGCCAUAACAAUUUGGCCCUAAUCAAAGUCACUCAGGUCUUUACUCCUGCCCAUUUCUCCUGCAUUCAACGCAUUGACCACGAGAACUGAUUGUUUGCUUAGGAUCUAAUCUACCCAGACAUUGACAAGUGGCCUUUUUAGGAGAUGAUCAACGUUAUUCGCUUCACCUGUGAGUGGUCAUAAUGUUUUGGCUCAUUAGUGUACACACUCCAUAAGCACAUACUUUCAACCAAAAGGAUACACCACAACAGUAUUUUCUUUUUUUUUUUUUUCAGACUGUGACUUUUAACGUUAUUAUUUGUGACACAUUUUUUUAGCUUUUUAAAAUUUGUGCAGCUAAUGUGCAACAUUCUCUGGGUCAGAAUCCAGGUCCCUCACAAAGCUGUCUGAAAAUUAUAAUGACAGUAAUUACAGAUCAAAUGAAACUACAGCCUGUUUGAAGUUUAGUGGUGCAGAACGGAGGGGAAAAAAAGCUUAGGACAGAAAUAGAUAGAUGAAAGUGCAUAAGAGUGAGCCUGUUAAAAGCACCACAGUAUCUCUCUCUAAUCACAUGGUGAAUGCAGGGCUACCCAAUGGUAUGGCUAAUCUCACUGUUUGGUUGAUCGCAGCCAUUAUGAUGAGCUAUAAUCUGCACCAAGUAAUUCAUCCAAGUGUCUUUCAUUUUCUCCUCUAUAUUGUGCUACCCUAUCUUCUUUCUCUUAUUCUUUUCCAUUCUUAACUCUCACUUUUUUUUCUUGGCCUUCUUUUUUUCCUUUCAACUCUUGGAAAGGCCUUGGGUUGAAACGGUGCCGUGGCCAGCUGUGGAAUGUCGAGUCAGCGAGUGGAAGGUCUGGAACCAAUCAGAACUCCGGAGCAAAGAGGGCAAGUCUAGAGAGAGACAGAGAAAAAAAGAUGUGUGAGAGAGAAAGAAUGGUAAAGGGAUUGAAUGGGGGUUUGAAAAGAGGGGAGAAGAUGGAGAGAAGGACAGUAAGAGGUGGGGCUUGGAAGAAAAAGUGAUUUUAGCCGAGCAGGAGUUACGGGAAGUGCUGGUGACUGAAAGGGGAAUUACUUUACUGCUUCUUGCUGGAUAUUUGCACAAAUAACAUUUCUAAAAGAAUUUUCUACUUAAAAUCAAGUCAAAAAAUUCCAAAUGUGUCCAGAAUGAUCAUAUAUUGGUCACAAUGGUCCAAAAGGCAAGGACCCUCCUGGUUUCUCAUGCAUUUUAGGAACAACAUACAGUCUCUGCAUUUGGAAGUCCAUUAGUAUUAAAUUAAAAUAAACAUUUAAAUUUUAUGAAGAAAUCAAUGGUGCUUGCCAGUAUAAAAGUCACCGCCAUGAUGCUAGGGUGUUGUGAGUGUUUUAGUGCAUUGCUAUGUGGUUGCUAACAUUUUAGGAGUAUUUGUUAUGUGCUUGUCCAAAAGAGCCCAUUCCCAAAUCUCUAUGAUAUUCUGGUUCCUAGAUAUAGCUCAUGUCUCUCUUUCAAUGUAAGCCUUGUGCUUGUUUCCUCAUUGUAAGUCGGAUCACUUAGAAAAGUAAUGGCACAAAUCUCUGUUACAAGCCACAUUUGAUUAUGAGCAAUAAUAAUAGUUAUGCUUGCAUCGGAAAUCUUCACAAAUAAUGACGCUUGCCUCAGCAAGCACCACUUAUAUGAAUCAGUAUCCAGAGCUUCCAUAUAUCAGUGCUGACUUUGCUUAUAUCUGCUGCAAGAUUUUGUUAAUUUGAGGGUAGAUGUGGCACCAAUUCUGCAUUAUAGGCUGUUCUUUACACUUUAUCAUUGUAGCUUACUGUCGAAACAUCAUUUUGCUUAGCAUUGCAGUUAUAAAUAUAAAAACAGAUUUGUAUGAAAAUUACCUUUUUAAUAUCAGUGUAAAACGGUGUAGACAUGACAUAAUCUGAGCUAGAAUACUUAAUUCACAUGUGCCAAAGGUAUGUCACACAUGACCUGAAAUUGCAUUACAGCACACUGAGCUCAAACAGCUGUUUCAUCACAUUAGAAUAUUAAAUGACUAAUGACAGACAAGGAAUUUGAUGUCAUUCACUGCAAUCAUGGUAUUGCACACCAUGGUCGUGUUAUUAUGCAAAAAAAUUUUUUUGUUUGUUUCAUUGGUUCAGAUUGAAUUAGCCCUGAACGCCAAAUAAACAGGUUAUGGGAAACACUUUAUUUUGUUUGACUGUAAGAAAGAAAAUGAAUCAUCUUCAGUCCCUGUGAAUACAAUGAAAAAUGUUCAUUUUUCUAUUUGUUCGUUUUGAAUAUUUUGUUUUAUGAAUUUGUUUAAAAACGAAUAAAGAAUAUGUUUGCUAUGUGA